AUUUCCCAAGUCGCGACGGAAGUGACGACGAUGCAGGCACGACGACCAACGUCCUCUAGAUGGUGGAAUCCAAAGUACUUCAUCGCCGGGGCGCUCCUUCUUGUCGUGGGCAUGAUGGUAUACAUGAACCUGUCUUUGCUUGCGAUCAACCAACGUGACGUUCAAGAAUUGAACGAGCGAGAAGGGAGUCCAAAUAUCCGUCGAGGAAACGAUGGCAGUCCUGCCACCACAAAAGAAAUCAAGCAGCGACGCAUUGUAGUCCUUAUCGCCAACUACCGCGACUCCACGCGUUGCGCAGAAACGCUGGAUUCGCUCUUCACCAUGGCGGAGCACCCAGACUUGAUUUCCGUGAGCAUCUUCGACCAACUCCGGUUUGACCUGAACGAACAACGGUGCAUGGACGUCUACUGUGCGAAAGUCGGCGAAACAAAGUGUCAGCGCCCUAUUCGCCUCCGCCGCAACGACACCAUCGACGCCAACAAGGCCAUCGGGCCAACGUUUGCGCGGUACCAAACUGAACAUGGGGCGGACGCGACCAAGGACACCUUUGCAUUGACCAUCGAUUCGCACCUGGUGUUCAUCAAGCACUGGGACACGGACCUGAUCGCGCAAUGGGAUUCAAUCAACAACCCCAAGGCUGUUAUCACGGUGUACCCCGACCCGACCGAAGGCCUGCCCAAAGACGGCAAACUCACGGGCACCACGGCAAAGAUGUGUCAUGGCCGCAUUGAAACGGACGGCGCGGACGCCAUGAUCCAGUACGGCCCUGCCACGACGAUCAAUUCGCCCAAGGUGCCGACGUUGAUGUCCCAGUUCGCCGGCGGGUUUAGCUUCCAGACGGUGGAAUGCGCGCUCCAUAUUCGCAACGACCCGUACACGCCAUACCUCUUUCACGGCGAAGAGUACUCCAAGGCCGCGAGGUUAUUCACCCACGGGUACGACAUGUACUACCCCACACACAUGGUUGUGUACCACUGGUUUGAAGUGCGCAAGUACGUGUGGGACGAAGACUGGGGACGCAAGUGGAAGCUCCAGCAGCCAGCCAAGCGCCGCAUCCGUGCGCAGUUGGGCCUCCCGACGUCCAGCGACGACUACGACAAGACCGACAUGGACAAGUUUAUGGUCGGUACCAAGCGCACAAUGAACCAGUUCAUCGAGUUCUCAGGCAUCAACCCGUUGGCACCGCACCAAGGCACGUCCACCGACCAGUUUGUCAACUGCGGCGACUUGACCUACGUGCCCGUGUCCGAAUAGAAUUACUUAUCAUGCACGUCGUUCGUAUAUCUUAAAUGUUGUCCGUUGAAUUGUGUCUAUAUAAACUUCCAAAAUUCGC